ACAGCCUGUUCUGCAGUAUUCAGUCUCUUUAGAAACUUCUCCAGGGGAAAAGUGUUGGGAGAUCUACAAAGUGGAUUUUUUUUUCCUCUCUUUUCCUUUUUUUUCUCUUCUCCCUGUUUUUACCGCUCCUCUGCAGACUUUGCAACAAAAUACUCCAACUUAGCAGAAAACUUUUUUUUUGUUUUUUUUUGCUUUUCGCCUUUUUUUUUUUUUUUUUUUUUUUUUGCCUUUGCAAAUCUUGGAAGAGGAAAGCGGGAGGGUUGAACAGAGCCGAUCGAAACACAACUUUGCUUCAUACCAAGCUUCCCAGCAGCUCGCUGCGUCGGGAGAGGCUUUUUCUCCUCCUGCAGAAGAAGGGGGCGGGAAGGGGAGCUCUGCAUCCCCUCUUCCUUCUCCUGCGUUCCCCGCCCCCCCCCCCCCCCGACCGCUUUGAUGCAUUAAGAGCCGGACACUGGUUUUCAAGGAACUUUGCUCCCUCCUCAGCCUGCCUCCUCCCAGCCCUUUGGGAAGUGUGUGUAUGUGUGUGUGUGUGUGUGUGUGUGACAGUGUGUGAAAUUGCCAUCCCUCCCCCCCAAACCUCACGCCUCCCCCUGCAACCUGUUGCAGGCUUUUCUCCCUCUCCCCCCCACCCUUUUCCUCCCCCUCUCUUUUUGCGCUCCCGCGGAUCGCGGUGGGAUUUCCCCCCUUUUGAGGCCAAAAAAAAAAAAAAACUGAAAGAAGGAAAAGAAAAGACAAAAGCAAACCUAGACAACCCCCCCGCCCAAAGCCGAAAGAAAAGCAGGAGGGUCUCGCACACCAAGAAUAAACCCGAGCGGGGGGUCCUCGCCAGCAGGGGCUCCGGUUUCCGCCCCCCCCUUUUUUUUUUUCGCUUUUUUGAAAUUUUUUGAAGGAGAGAGCGCAAAAGAGCGAGCCGCCCGCCCCGGCCGCCACCGCCCGCGCCCGUCCCGCAGCAUCCCCGCCGCGAUGCUGCUGCGGCUCCUGGUGCUGCUGGGCGCCUGCCCGGGGCUCUCGCGGUGCCUCGGCUCCUUCGUGCAGUGCGAGCCGUGCGACGGCAAAGCGCUGUCGCUCUGCCCGCCGCCGCCGCUGGGCUGCGAGCUGGUGAAGGAGCCGGGCUGCGGCUGCUGCCUCACCUGCGCCCUGCCCGCCGGGCAGCCCUGCGGCGUCUACACGGAGCGCUGCGCCCGCGGGCUGCGCUGCCUGCCGCGCCAGGGCGAGGAGAAGCCGCUGCACGCCCUGCUCCACGGCACCGCCGUCUGCCUCAGCGAGAAGAGCUACCGCGAGCAAGCCAAGACGGAAAGGGAAUCCCGAGAGCACGAGGAGCCAACCACAUCAGAGAUGACAGAAGAGACCUACCCACCCAAGACCUACCGGCCUAAGCCUGGGCGCCUCUCUGAGCUCAAAGCUGAGGCCCUGAAGAAGGACCGUCGGAAGAAGCUGACCUUGGCCAAGUUUGUGGGCAUGGCAGAGAACACAGCACACCCCCGUGUGGUCAUCCCCGAACUCCGGCAAGAAUUUGAGCUGGGCCCUUGCCGCAGGCACAUGGAGGCAUCACUGCAGGAGCUCAAAAGCAGCCAGCGGAUGGUCCCUCGGGCUGUUCACCUCCCCAACUGUGACAGAAAAGGUUUCUACAAGCGGAAGCAGUGCAAGCCGUCCCGAGGCCGGAAGCGUGGCUUGUGUUGGUGUGUGGACAAAUACGGCAUGAAGCUGCCGGGGACUGAUUACCUGAGCGGAGACCUGCAGUGUCACGCAUUCGACAGCAGCAACGUGGAGUGAACUUGCACCCUCUCCUUCUGCCCCAUCACUACCCCAGGCUCCCUUCCACCCUCCCCUCCACACCUCCCUGCGCCCCAGGACUCCGAUUCCUUUCAUCUCAUGUAAGAAGAAAAAAAGAAAAGAAAAGAAAAGAAAAGAAAAGAAAAGAAAAGAAAAGAAAAGAAAAGAAAAGAAAAGAAAAGAAAAGAAAAGAAAAGAAAAGAAAAGAAAAGAAAAGAAAAGAAAAGAAAAGAAAAGAAAAGAGAAAAGAGAAAAACAAACCCUGAAGAAACUGAGGACUCGGAAUCUACAGCAGCGUCUUGACAACAAGGACUUAGCAAGGAAAGGACAGAGCCAGAGACAAACCAGCUUUGGCCACUCCGCCAUCCCGCGACUGCCUGCGCCUCUCCCCAAUGCCACCUGCACCCCUCUGCUGCAGAGCAGAGGCUACGCUGACGUAGGAAGCUCUCUGAGUUGGUGAUUUUCUAGUAUAGGUUGUGGGCGGAUUAAUUUUUUUUUUUUAUUAGGUAGUCAUUUUCUAAAUGGUCUCAAGAGGAAAUUUUGCGGCAAACAACAUUUCCCCUCCUAACUCCAGUCCGCUGGAGUUUCCUGCCCACAUCACUGGGACUCACUCAAGUCGAUGUGAUUUCCAUCUCAAACAAUUGCCCCAGAUCCAGGCAGAUUCUGACUGUGUCACAGACCAGGCAGCAUUGUAAUGGGAGGAGGAAUCAAACGGUUCGUUUUGUGUCUGGAGAUGAGCCAGGGAGGGAAAAACAGCUCCUGCAACAGCACGAAUACCUGACACAAAAUAUUCGUGGACUUUAAAAAGAAACAAUCUGAAAAGGAAACAUAUACUUCUCAAUCCAGUUCCUCUUGAAUGGGAGGUCAGAAACCUUAUUUGUGGACAAGUUGGACUCUGAAAGUUAUCCAUCCAGGUGUGGAAGCAUUUGUUGCGUGCAUGUGUUUAUGUGUGUGUGUGAGCGUGUGUGUGCACAGAUGUGUCUUUGCCUCCUUGCAAAACUUGCCUCAAAACCUGCAAUUUUGAGGGCUUAACUGUAAACAGGGGAAGAGCAGCCCCAAAAAAGAAACCUGCUGGACUAAGCGCAGGAGCAGACUUAGGAGGUGCAUCAGUGUCUGUGGGAUCAGGGCCCUGCAAACUUCGAGGUGUGCAUCUGAGCCGAUUCCACAGAUAGUCAUCAAUAUCCGUACUUAAGCAUGUGUAUGUGGGACAGGGGGAUCGGGGCCAGAAAUCUUCACCACCCUUUGCCACCACAAGGAAAACCAGCUAUGGAACACUUUUUUAUUUUUUUCAUAGCCAAAAAAAUCAUUUGCUCCAAGGGAAAAAAAAACAUACUGUUUUGUCUUAGAUUUUUUUUUAAAGGCUGGUUUAUAGCCUUUCCCAUGGGUUGGAAAAUGUCAGUCUCCAUCCUUUUGUAUUGAGAUACUGCUUACACGUUUGCCACAGCUGAUUCCCCUCGGCCCCAUCUCCCCACCCUGUAAUCAUAUCCUUGCAACAGAGCCCUUAAGUUUAAUCCAGGAUCCAGAUCCUUGUUUAGUGACAGCAGCAACCGCAACGCAGAGACCCACUGACGCAGGCCUGCUUAGACAGCCGUUAGUUGCCUUCCUGCUUUUCAUUGUUUUUAUUUUUUAUGUUCAAUUUUGGGACUGUUUUCUCUCAUUUCCCCAUGACAAGGGUCUCUGCUAAGUUUGUGUUUGGAGGAGAUCCUGCAGCAAAAAAAAAGGAAAAAAGGAGAGAGCAAUGCCCUGCUUUGGAGAUGUGUGGGAUCUGUGCAUUGCCGUCUCGGGACACAAACUCACACACACCAGGAACUGUUGCUGACCUGACGAGGCUUGAGAGCAACGCCAGAAGAGAUGGGCAGGACAUCUCCUGAAGACCAUGUCACUGAAGGAUGCAAAGUGCAAGUUGAUUUUCCUCCGUCUGCCUCACGCAGCUGCUGCAGGAGGCCGCGCUGCGUGCUGCCCACUGGAAGGGGCAGGCGAGGCGGUGGGCAGUUGCCACAGGGCCAGAGCCAGUGUCCCCCGAGGCAUUGGGGAGGCCACAGGGUGCUGGCGCAGAGCAUGGCAUCGUCUGCCUUUGCUCUGGAUCGGAGGAAGGGUUUCUGCUCCUUCCAAAGCCCUUUUUAGCCUCUUGGAGCUGGGCAAAAAGGCAGGAGUUUCCCUAGUUAGCUGAGUCUUCACCAGCCGAGCCAGGACAAGGGGACUGGGGCGCCGAGGAGCUCUGGUGAAGGCUCACCUCCGUUGCUUGGCUGGGCGCCCUCAGCAGCUUCCCAGGGGACAGUUUUGGCUCCCUUGAGUGGGGCACACUGAGCAGCCCUCCUGCCUCCUGCUCACCAGGCCCCGGUUCGGGUGGGCCAUGGACCGCCAGCACCUUUCUGUGGGAGCGUGGCCCCAGCAAGACCUUUCUCCAGGUGGGUCCUGUCCAAGGAAGGGCAGGACCAGAAGUUAAGGAAAACUUCUGAUUUCUCGUGCUGAUAUCUUCACUUCCUUGGCAUGGAGCAACGGGACCAUGGGCGACUGCAGCUGGCCGCAUACGUCUGCCCUUGCGGGUCCCCAGUUGCUUUUUCCAGAGUCACAGUAGGCAUUGAGUUUAGCCGAGAGACUUCCACACAGCCCCUGGCCGCAACGCAGCAGGGGGCAUUUAGAGCUGAGCUGAAGGUCUCCUCCCUUGCUAAAAAGAAGGAUGGUGCCACCAAAUACAGAUCUGGCUUCCCCCAAAAUGUAGGAGCAGGGCAGCCCCACACACACACUUUGCUAGAGGGGAGCAUCACCAGUGCGUUUGGGCGAGGGGAAGGACCCUGCCAGGCUUUAUAGGGCUGAUGGAGCUGGGUCUAUUUGACUGGGGCGGGGGGGGGGGGGUAAUGAUUUGGUGAAGGUGGGAGGAAGAAUGGGGGUGAAGAAGGCAGGUGGAGGAGGAGGAGCCCUGAGAACCCCAAGGGAGCUGUGGGCCGCAGAGCUACCAUCACAAACACUUCCUGUCUCCUCUGCUUGCUGAUCCCAUGCAUAACCUCCUGACUGUAAUAGGCCAGUACCACCUUCCUCCAAUACUCUUCUCUUCUUUCUUUCUCCCUCUCAUUCUCUCUCUUUCUUGCUUUUUUUUGUUUGUUUGUUUUGUUGUUUGAUUUCCCAAAACUUGAAAGCCUUUGGCUGCAGAGAAAGGAGACGUACUGCCCGGUGGCCGUGGGCUUGUGGGAUGGGAGUGGAGGGAGGGGAAGGCACAGCAGGUUCCCUUGGGCCUUGUAUUUUGGGGCCAAAGCUUGGAGGGGAGGAUUUCAGCUCAUGAUGCAGGCCAUCACCAGUGGUCGUAUAGCCUAGCCGUGGGCCUGGCAGUGGUCUCCUGACGUGGACCACUGCAACACCUAUGGCAACACAGGGAGCCAAAAGGAGGGGGACAGAGGAUGACUCCCUGACUGUAGCAGGGCUACUCUGAGCAUGGGAGGACUAGGGACCCUGUCUGUCACCCCACCCUGACACAGCUGCCUCCAAAGUCAUCCUCACCGCUCCCCCAGGCAAGCUUCCCACUGCUUUGCCUGUAAAGCAGGUCUCAGCCACUGGCCUCCGCGAGCCCAAAGCACUGACAUCUCCCUAUAGACAGCCUCCACCCUGCAAAUCCAGGGCUGAGACAGCACUGCUGCUCCCAUCCCCACCAACAUGGCUGUGACGAGGCCUCCUGAGGAGGAGGAAGAGGAAACAAGGAGGGGGCAUCGCUGCCCUCACCUCUGCCAGAGCCACCUCUGUUCCCGGGCCGUGGCACUGAGCAACCGUGGCAGGAGCUUCCUGGCCACCCGCUCUAAAGAGGUUCCCCAGAAGGGUAAGGCUGUUUGAAGGCUGCACUAAUAUUUGGGACAGGGGUUGGGCUGAGGGAGAGACUGGCUUCAGAAAUGGUUCACCAGCUCCCUGGGCCAGCAGCGAUGAGAUGCACCAUUCUCAGCAAUUUGCGGUGGGUGGAGGGGCUGUUCUACGUUUGCGGUGAGGAAAACACAAGGAGAAAGAUUUGGGAGCCCGGGCUCAGGGGUGCCAAGGUGAAUGGGGAGGCGCCAGUGACUCCUGAGUCAGUGGCCACAUAGGAAGGCGCAGGGCUCGGGGGUCUUUGGCCACGGCUGCCUCACCUCAGGCUUUGCACCAAGUCAGGUUUGAGACCUGGGCUGGGAAGGAGAGGAAAAGGAUCAAGGAGGGUCAGGACAGCCUUUCAACCAGACCUCCCCGGGAGUGGCAUUAAGCAGCUGGUUAUUCCUCGUCUGUACUGCAGUGGACUCUGAAAACCACUAGUACAAGAGCAUUUUGCACUAUUUCUCCGCUCUCUCUCCCCCCCCCCCCUUCUUUUCUCCCCUUCCCUUUGAAAACUUUCUCUUUUUUUUGUUGUUUUUUUGUUGUUGAUUUUUUUUCCCGAACGGAGCAUUGUAUAUUUAACAAUCAACAAUUCACCUCGCUUCCAGACCGCUGUCCUGGCCCUGGCUAGGAACCUUAUGUACUGUGCUCCCUUCCCUAGCCCAGCCAACAACCCCAUCACUGCCACUGGGACAGACAUCACCAUGCAAGUAACCUACCAUUAUAACACAGUUCUUAACACACCAGAUUCCGAGUUUCCUGCCUGGUUUUUAUCUUUAAGCAAUACUCACUACACAUUUUACGGUAGCUUUUUAUAGCUUUACAUACAUACGGUAGCUCUGUUGAUUUGUUUUGUUUUGUUUUUGUUGUUUUUUUUUCCAGUAAACAAGAAAUACUCAUAAUCUUACUGGUGGGAAAAAAAAAGCAGUUUGUGAAAAACUGACAAUGGAAGAAGAGCUUAAUGCUCUGUUUAGCAUUUUGUACUUAAAAAAAAUCUCACAUUUUAUUAAAAAGUGAAGAUUGCUGUAUACUAUUUAUUCAACUUAUAAUUUAUGUUACUCUUUGAUCUUUGUCUUUUCUCAUGACAAAGCAUUUAUUUAAUAAAGUUAUGCAUUCAGUUA